AUGGCACCAGGCACGCACCAUGGAUUUGCUACUGUUUCCACUGACACCGGCCACAACUCGAACUCUACCGACUUGGCCUGGGCCCUGGGAAACGAGGAGAUGCGGAUCGAUUGGGGAUGGCGAGCCUUGCACGGCAGUGUUGUUCUGGCUAAGAAGCUCGUCGGAGCUUAUUACGAGAAGGAAGCUGACCACUCAUAUUACAGUGGCUGUUCCACCGGAGGGCGCCAAGGCCUUCGCGAGCUUCAGCAGUUCCCGGAUAGCUUCGACGGUGCAUUGAUUGGUGCACCGGCCUGGGAUCCGACGUUGAUGAACUCGUACGUCACACAGGUUGGGCUAUAUAAUCUGCCUGUCGAAGAUCCAAGACAUGUGGAGAAAGAUAUGUUGGAGGUUGUUGCAGCGGAGGCCUUGAGGCAAUGCGACGGUCUGGAUGGCGUUCAGGACAACAUUAUCAGUGCGCCCGGGGAUUGUAAGGUGGACUUAACGGCGCUGUCUUGCGAUCGACCCGACAUCGUCAAGGACAAAUGCCUUACUGAACCCCAAAUCGAGACCAUGAACAAACUCUACGAGGACUAUCGCUCCCCGACUGGAGAGUUCGUCUGGACUGGAUACGAACCGGGGUCGGAGAUUCAGUGGUCGACUGUCAUCGGGUCAGACAAGCCGUCGGCAUUUGGUUAUGGCUUCCAGCGUUACUUUGUUUACGACGAUCCGGAAUGGCAAUGGCAAGAUUACAACUUUUCCGUUCUCGAAGACACCGUCAAGAAGGACCCGGGCCAGUCGCGAGCCGCCAAGUACGACUUGUCCGAUUUCAAGGGGAGAGGCGGGAAGAUUCUCCUCUAUCACGGCAUGGCCGACGGACUUGUUCCCACGCGUGCUUCGGCUCUCUACUACGACAGAGUAACUGAUGCCAUGGGUGGUCCACCUACCGACUUCUUCCGCUACUUCCCCGUUCCCGGAAUGCAGCAUUGCGCAUCUUCGGCCGUCAGCGCUCCUUGGCACUUUGCAGCUGCCUUCCAAGCUUCUGUCAUGGGGAACGAUACUUGGUCAGUUCCGGGUUUUAAGGAUGCUCACCAUGAUAUCCUUCUUGCCUUAGUUGACUGGGUCGAAAAGGACACGCCAGUGGACUCUGUCAUUGCGACUACGUGGAAUACGGCCAAUGAUUCUAGCACGGGCGUUUUGCGACAGCGACCUGUAUGUCCAUUCCCUCAACAGGCUGUAUACGAUGGCAAGGGGAAUGUCGAUGAGGCGGCGAGUUGGCAGUGCAGGGAAGAGGGUGCAUCUUCUCGGUUGGGUCUUCCGUCAGGAUUGGUGGUUGGGGUUAUCGUCGUUAUUACGAGUUUGAUGCUUUGGGCUUAA